GCCGGCCCGGAUAUCCGGCCAGGGCCCUUCCGACCGGCUGCCGUGGUCCGGCCAUGGCGGGCCCCCAGACGGACCCGGAGCUGGCCCGGCAGCUCUUCUUCGAGGGCGCGGCCGUGGUGGUGCUGGACGUGCCCGAGGGUACCGAGUUCGGCAUCGACUACAGCGCGUGGGCCGUGGGGCCGCGGUUCCGCGGCGUGAAGAUGGUGCCGCCGGGGCUGCACUUCGUCCACUGCAGCGCGGCCGGCACCGGCGGGCGGGACGCGGGGCCGCGCUCCGGCCGCUUCCUCAGCCUGCGGCGCCGCGAGGUGCGGGUUCUGCGCUGGGACCCCGCGGGCGAGGCCGUGCGGCCUGAGCCACCCGAGCAGGGCGAGGGGCUGCGGGACCGCCUGCGGGAGCUGGACCCCUUCCUGGGGCCCUACCCCUACGAGACGCUGAAGAAGUGGGUGUCGCUGAGCAACUUCAUCAGCGAGGCGGCGGCCGAGGAGCUGCAGCCCGAGAGCGGCCAGAUCUGCGCUUUCGCCGAGGUGCUUCCCGAGGCGGCGGGGCGGCACACGCGAGACCGCGCCGGGCAGUGCCGGCCGCCACUGGGCGCCGAGUGCCGCAGCUAUGCCGAGGGCCUGGCCCGGCUGCCCCGUAUGCGGCCGCGGGCCGGCACCCAGAUCCGCUUCUCCGAGCUGCCCCGGCAGGCCUUCCCCGCCGGAGCCAGCCCCGAGGAGAUCACCCGGCACAGCAUGGAUCUGAGCUACGCCCUGCAGCAGGUGAUGGAGCAGCGCUACCCCGGCCGGCCGCUGGGUCUGCUCGCUGAGUUGCAGUUUGCCUUCAUCUGCUUCCUGAUUGGGAAUGUGUACGAUGCCUUUGAGCACUGGAAAAGACUCCUGAACAUCCUGUGCCGCUCAGAGGAGGCCAUAGGGAAGUACCAGGACCUCUAUAUCAACCUCAUUUCUGUGCUGUAUCACCAGCUCAACGAAAUCCCAGCAGAUUUUUUUGUGGACAUUGUCUCCCAAGACAACUUUUUAACCAGCACCUUACAGGUACUGUUCUGCACGUGCAGCUCUGCUGUGAAUGAGACUCUGAGGAAAAAGGCUGAGAAGUUCAAGGCUCAUCUGACAAAGAAAUUCAAGUGGGACUUUGAGGCAGAGCCUGAUGACUGUGCCCCUGUGGUGGUCCAGCUGCCUGAGGGUGUGCAGGUAGACUGAGCUAAAGGCCCCCUUAGGAGCAAACAGCUUCUAAAAUGACCCUUCUCUUCUCCAGCCUUGCCAGCUUCUUAAAGGCUGUUUCUGAAGCUGAUCCUCUUUCUGCUCCUGGAGAAGCACAUGAUAAACUCAGGUGGAUGCUGAGCUUUGUGAGGAGACCAGAGGUGUUGGAGGAGUUUGAGUGUUGCAAUGUGGCUGCUUUGGAUGCCUUGGAGUUUUCCCAGCCCUUCUGUAGCAUCUCCUCCUAGAACACAAACCACAUACAAAGUCACAGAAUCAUUAAAGUUUUAAAAGUUCUGAUAUCAUGGAUUUUAACUCUAAAUCUAACACUGCCACAAUCCUCCUGCACUCAGCUGUCCUCUGCGUCCUUGCUCCCCUGUCCUGCUGGCUUGGAGGUGAUGCCUUGCUUGGAGAGCAUAUGUGGUUCAGGGCUGUAAAGCCCAUGGAGUGGUUUUGGCAGCUCAAACCAGAUUGUGAACUGAAGUUCAGCUCUUCCUGGGCUCAUGUUGUACUGGUGUGACCAUAACUGAUGCACUGCUGUGUGGGAUGCUCACUGUGAUUUAAAUGUUGGGUAGGUGGCUUAAAGCCACAGCAAAAUUCCUCUAAUUUCAUUCACCCAAUACCUCAGUGUCUCAUUUCUGUUCCUCCCAUUGUGUUAAACCCUUUUGUAUUUACUGCUGACACUAUUUUGCCUGGUGUAAAAGAAAGUGAACACUUUGGUGACAGGAAAUAGUUACUGGACUGUAGUCACCCAGGUGUUAAAGAGCAGAGCCAGCAUGAGAUAAAGGAUCAGAUUUCCACAUGAACUGGAUCCUCUGCUUUGUUAUAAUUGGAAAUCCUAUGUUUUUGCUCAAAAACAGUGACUGAAAAUUAACAGUUUGUAAUAGUCAGGUUCCCAUGAUGAACUGCACUUUUAGCAGCUAAGAGAAUGUACAGUAAUUUCACGCAUAUAAGGUGCUCCCUUUUGACUAAAAUUUUGGCCUGAACCCGGAGGUGCACCCUGUACCCCCGAGCAUCCAAUAUAUGGACAAAGUUCAGAGAUUUGCCCUUACCUGAUAUCCGCGCCACUCCUGUCCCGAGCAAAAAUGGGUUGAAAUCUAUUAGCUUCCGUUGUUCAGAUGAUAAACCAAUCAGAGAAAAGCUUCUUGCCUGCCUGUGGAUGAUGGCAUUACCGGUGGGGCGGGGGGUGUUAACGGGGUGAGUUACUCCGAAAUGGCUGCACAAAGGAGAUUUGGUUACAAUGCAGAGUUUAAAUUGAAAGCAAUCAACUAUGCAAAAGAACAUGGGAAUAGAUCUGCAGCUAGAGAAUUCAGCAUUAAUGAAUCCAUGGUACCAAAUGGAGAAUGCAGGAAGACAAACUUUGUCUUACAAGAAAGACAAAAAAGAGUUUUCAUGGCAGCAAAGCAAGGUGGCCAGGGCUGGAAGACAGACUUGACUGCUGGAUCUCUGAGCAAAGGGCAGCUGGCUGAAGCUUAUCAACUGUCACCGUUCGGAUACAAGCCAAAACAAUUGCAAAUGAAUUGCAUAUUGAAGAAUUUAAAGCAUGACCUUCUUGGUGCUUCCGUUUCAUGAAACAACGGCAGCUCUCUGUCCGUACAAGAACGACAGUUUCUCAGCAGUUGCCGGCAGAUUAUGAGGAAAAGUUAACCACCUUCUGGAGUUACUGCAAAAGCAAGAUCUCUGAAAAAAAUAUACAGCCAUAUUGCAUAAUCAACAUGGAUGAAGUCCCCCUCACGCUCGAUAUGCCGCGAACCGUGGAGAGAAUGGGCACUUCCAGGGAACAAAAAGACGUCCUUUACAGUCGUCCUUGGCAUUUUGUCAAAUGGGCAGAAAUUACACCCACUGGUAAUCUUUAAAAGAAAAGCAUUGCCUAAAGAAAAAUUUCCAGAUGGAAUAUUUGUUGGAGUGAAUCCAAAAGGCUGGAUGAACAAACAGGUGAUGAGGACUUGGCUAACAGAAGUUCAUGCUCGCAGACCGGAUGGCUUCUUUCAUCCGUUGCCGGCACUGCUGAUUUUUGAUUCCAUGCAUGCCCACAAAACCGAAAGCGUGAAAGCCAUGGUGAAAAAGAUGAACUUGGAGCAGGCUGUAAUACCAGGUGGUUUGGCCAAAGAAGUGCAGCCACUGGACAUAAGCGUUAUUCGUUCCUUCAAGGCGAAACUGCAACUUCUGAGGGAAAACUGGAUGGUGGAAGGAGAGCAUUCCUACACACCAGGAGGCUGCGCCAAGCAAGUUAUGCUACUGUGUGCCAGUGGAUGCUGGAUGCCUGGCGUAAAGCAUCCGCCACAGCUAUCAUCCGAGGGUUCGUGAGGGCCGACGUCAUUCCUGGACUGACCAGUGACGGGAUCAAGAGCACCGAAACAGAUGACUCUCAGGAUGAAGAUACGGGCGAUACUGGUUCGGGUUUGCUGGAUGCCGCCAUUGCCCAACUGCUGAUUCCCGAUACGGAGGACAAAGAGUUCGAAGGUUUCAUGGAAGAUGAGGCCGAAUGAAAAAGGAAGCUGUUUAAAAGUUUGAUCAAAAUGAGUGAUAUUACUCUGUUUUUUUCGGUGUUUUCAGUCUUGUGCAGCUGAGCGGCCAUGUGGCUGUUUAAAGGCAACGUGGAUCCUUUGGAAAUGCUUGCAAAAUUACUAUUGUUCAUAUCUUUUUCCCCUUGGAUAUAAUGCUUCCAGGGUGCAUGGUCACAGGUAUUGUUUGUAUCUUUCUUCGCUUGUAAAUAAAGCUUGCAGGGUGCACUGCCGCA